AUGACUUCUAGAAGAGAAAUCUUGAAAGAUAUUAGCAACCAUCAGGAACAACAUUUACUUGCAACUAAUAGUGUUUCGAAAAGUAACUCUGACCUUAAGGUUUCAUUUCAGAAAAGAAUUCCAUUGAUAGCUGGUAGAUGGUUUAUAGAUAUAAAAAACAAAAGCAGGACACCAACUUCUUUCCUUCAUUUUGAGGGUUUCGAUGAAUCGAAUUAUGUGAUUUGGUACCUGGGUGAAGCUGAAGUUUUAUCAUUUUUACUUGCAAGCCAAAAGUUUGUCUUAGUAAAGCUUUGCCAAUCGGCUGACCUACCACAAACACUUCAAGAAUUAAAAUCCAAUUAUAGAUUGAACCAUACCGAUAUUUGUUUAGAAGGUUGUAUUCAAGAUGUGAACAAUGACCUCAUUUUGUUACAAUCUCUAAUAGAGUGCCCACUUAAGGUAAAUAAGAUGAUUUGUUGUACAGAAAAAGAAGAGAAAAGAGAGGAGGAUUGGACAUCAUUUAUCGAAAAUGAGUCAAAUACAGAAAAGCUGAACACAAUGCAGGAGUUUCCAUUGAACCUCAAUCGUCUAGAAGUUAGUUUCCUUAUUGGUUAUAAAGGUUGUCGAAUUGAAUAUCUUAAGCAAGAAUGCGAAGUUGACAUUAAAAUAAUGCCAAUAUCGUAUAAAUUAACCCACGCUGAACUGCAAGAUCCUACAAGGGUAGCGCAAGACAUUAGAUUAUACGGUAAUUUGCAGAAUUUACAGAAGAGCUUGAUAAUGAUCGAGCAGUUUUUAAGGAUUGCACCGUUAUCUUCAAAGACAAAGAUUCAAAGAUUUUGA